GUAGCACUGGCUACUUUAUUGGGGGCAAUUAUCCUGCAGGGAGGUUUAAAACGUAGCAAGGGGCUGCAGAUCACACCACUGGAGGAGGAACCUGUCAAGAUGAGGCUGACUUUCCUGGUCAUCCUGGCAGUGCUGCAGCUCUGCAGCCCAGUCUUCCUCUCUGACCCCCUGCUCUACACCUCUCAGCUGGAGGAGGGGCAGGAUGCACCAAGCAAGCCCUGGCUCAACCCUCUGCUGGAAGAUGUGGUCCCUGAUCUGGACAUCCACAGUCCAUCCACACUGACAGAGACCUCAGAUCUAGAGCCCCAGUUCCCCGAUUCCCUGUUUAUGUAUGGGGAGAACACCAACCUUAAAUGGGUUAAAUGGGAAGGGUCCCUCCCUAAUGGUGCUGUGGGCAUCUACAACGGUUACACCGAACGACAUGAUUACAUCUGCAAAGUCAACUGCGAAGCUGGCUUCUAUACCACAAGCAAAGGCAGUUUCUGCCAGUACCCCUACGCUGACAAGGAGCAUUCAUCCUCCAAGUUCGAAGUCCUGGUCAAUGUGGACAACUUUGAGUUUGUGGAGUGGAUCGAAGAGGAAUACGGUGCUGUCCCCCAACAUGCUGUCAAGACCUGCCAUGGUGUUGAGAUAUACGUCGGCAAGAACAAAUACGGUCUGGGAAAGGUUGUGACCCAACAUAAAGCCUUCUUCCUGCCUUGGGAGGGCGAUGAGUACUGGUACAAGAGAUACCAGGUUCUGGCCAUCAACAGGGACACCUACAGCCAGCACAUCUCUCACGUGGAGUACGCCAUCGACCAGAUCGAGUUGUUCAACCACCCUCCUGAGGCCAUGCAGUUUGUCAGGGUCACCAACCUGGAGUGCAGCACUGUGGAGAAGAAGGUCUUGCUGGAGAAGACCAGCAGAGUGGAGAAGACCUGGGACAUCGGCAGGGAGAGCCGCAACAGCUCCACCACCAUGACGGCCAAGGUGCCCAUUAUCAGCCCAGGCACCGUGGACUUCACCAAGGAGCAGACGGUGAGCUUCUCAGAGGGAACCACCAUGGUGGAGUCUAUCAGCCACUCCAUCUCUGUGGUGCUGCUGGUCCCUCCCAACCACUCCUGUGCCGUGCAGAUGGAGGGCAGGAAGAUGACCGCCGACAUCCCCUUCACGGGUAGGCUGAGCCGCACCUACCAUAACGGAGACACCCACUGGACCACCAUCACAGGGACUUAUGAUGGUGUGAAGGUGGGGGAGAUCAAUGCUGUGGUGGAGAGAUGCCAGCCUGUCCCUGAUGCCAUACCCUGCUACCCCGUUGAGACAGACCCCUGAGACAGAAGAACUCUAGAUGUGAGAAUUCCAAUGUGCACGUGAUCUAUCCCUCCAGACACAACCUGAACAAAUUAUAACCCUUGUGUCACAAUACAUUGUCAUCAAUAAACUGAUGCAACUUCAUAUUCAGAUAAAAGAGCCAGUCAAUUUAGUUUUGUGAUCAAGAAAAUCAUUUUCCAGACAAAAAAAAUGAUUUUGGUGCAACAUUUUGUUUAACUUUUUUUGAUUUACUUCAUGUAGGCAUCAUCAUCAUCAUCAUCAUCAUUUGUUUCAAUGGCCUAGAAGUGAAAUAUAAUUCCAGUACAUAAAAUUACACAAGGCUGAAAUGUAAAAAAAAAAAUCACUAUUACACUGUGCAUUUUCUAUGAGCGUGUAGGCGUGUAUACGUGCAUGUAUAAACCUCCUAGCUAGGUGGCGGUACGCUUAAAAAGACCAGGCGUUGGUCACAAUGAACCCUCUCACUUUUCUGGCCACCAGUCUCUUUGACUAAUGUCGAAGUUGCAUGGCAGGUCUAGUUCAGUAAAAGAUGUACUCUUUUCCAACGUUUCUUAUUUUGUUUUCACAAUUGUAUUGAUAAAUCCAAAGCUAUACACAUUUCAAAUAGGUUUGUUUAUAACUGAAGUGAAAUGUCAGGAGUACAUUAUUUAAUUUGAGAUGUUGAUGGUCACAGACAGUAGGCUAUUAACACAACAAUGAAGUUAUGAAGAUUCAAGUGUUUAUGACGUUCCCUUUUUUGCACUCAUGAGACACGUCACUGUUGCUGGUAAACUUUGGUAUUGUGUGUCACAGUUUUUCAAGACGCUGUUGAACUUUGUUACAAUGAGACGACUUUUAUCGAAACUGAUAAACCGAGCGUUGCUGACUGAACCCUUUGCACCAAUAAUGGACAUUGGAGCAGGAGUCCACACAAAUGCUCGUCGGAGGCUGAUUGUGGGACUGGGCAACCCUGGAAUGAAUGGUUCGCGCCACAGUGUGGGCAUGGCUGUGCUGGAAGCACUUGCUGCCCGGCUGAGGUUAGCUGAAAGCUGGCAUGGCGAUAGGCACGUUUCCGGUGAGGUCAUCGUAUCUGACAUCGAGGACACCCAAAUUGUGCUUCUCCGACCACGACUACCGAUGAACAUAAACGGUGUAUCCGUGGCCAAAGCAGCGGUCAAAUACAGCAUCAAGCCUGAGCACAUCCUCCUGGUUCAUGAUGACUUGGACAAGCCCCUUGGGAAGCUUGCUAUGAAACAAGGAGGGAGCGCCAGGUGAGUUGAUUCCCUGCCAGUUAUCGGCAUUACUAAUGAUGCUAUCUGACAACGUGAUCCUCCCAACUUUGUCAUCCUUCUAUAUGUUGUUGAUUGACAGGGGUCACAAUGGUGUGUGGUCCUGUGUUGAGUGUCUGCAGACAGAUGUGAUGCCCAGACUCCGUGUUGGGAUUGGCAGACCAUCGGGUGAAACAUUAGUGAACCGGCAUGUUCUGGGGCGCUUCUCUCAGGAGGAGCAGAAGAUUCUCAGCGGGGUUCUAGAGCAGAGUGUGGACAUUCUCCUCUCCCAGCUCACUGACGAGGAUGUGCAGUCCCCACUGUUGCCACCAGGAGGCAGACCGGCAUUACAGACUGGGAAACGGAGGGUUUGCUCAAUUUCUCCAGCAAAGGACACAACCUGCCAGACAUGAGACUGACCAGAGACUUUGACAGAGCCAGUGAAGCUAUGACGGCACUCUGGGAUAGUAGCUUUGCUGCUGCUGCUAAAACAAAGCUGCCUCUUACAGAAACAUGAAAGUGUGAACAUGUUUUUAUUUAUUGGGACUUUAGGGUUAGGAUGUAUGUGAAAUGAAUACAAAGUAAGCACACUGCAUUUCAAAGACCAAAAGUGUAGAUAUGCAUAAGAUAAUCAUUGCAUAUCUCCUAGAAUAGUAUGCAUUCUUUGUUUUUUUUGGCCUAAUCUACAAUUAUGUAAAAGGUCCAAGGAGUGACCAAGACAUGAUAUUAGAAUGAUUAAACAAUAAAACCAUCAUACCAAUA